GUUAGACAAUUUCAUCAAAUUCAACCAAAUUACUGGAGAAACGUUUGUAUGUCUGUUGUGAUUUUUCGAAAAACAGAUAUUUCAUAAUGAUGAUGUGAUUACCUGAUAGCAGAUGCCUCGAGAUUUGUCAAGAUCACGGUCUCGGUCGCCCUCGUAUAGGUGUAGACAUUCGCCAUCUCCUGUUAGGCAUAAGCAUGGGAGGAGGAGCCGGAGGGACAGAAGCCAGUCGCCAUAUUCAUCUUAUUCUUAUAGCAGAAGAAAGAGUCGUUCCAUUAGUCCACGGCGCUACAAAAGCCGUUCUCCAACUGCAAGACUUCAUAAAAAUCGUUCUUCGACUCUAAAGCGUUAUAAGAGGCAAAGAAGUAGGAGUUCUUCAUUGUCUCUUACUCAUAAAUCAUCUAGCCCAAAUCUUGGGUCAAUAGAUCGCAAAAAUGCUAGUGAGAAACUGAAAAAAGAAGAUGAGGACAGGAAAAGGCAUCAACAAGAAGCAGAAUUGAAACUCAUUGAAGAAGAGACUGCUAGGAGAGUGGAAGAAGCGAUUCAAAAAAAAGUUGAAGAGAGCUUGAACUCUGAGGGAAUCAAGCAGGAAAUUCAGAAGCGGUUAGAGGAGGGACGGAGAAGACUUAAUGAUGAAGUUGCAGCUCAACUUGAAAAAGAGAAGGAAGAAGCCCUUUUCGAGGCUAGGCAAAAAGAGGAGCAAGUUCGAAAAGAGAAAGAGGAGUUAGAAAAGAUGCUUGAAGAGAAUCGGAAAAGGGUGGAAGAAGCUCAGAGAAGGGAAGCACUGGAACAGCAGCGGAGGGAGGAGGAAAGAUACCGGGAGUUAGAGGAGCUUCAAAGACAAAAGGAAGAGGCAAUGAAGAGGAAGAAGCAGCAGGAGGAGGAAGAACGUUUGAAUCAGAUGAAGUUAUUGGGAAAGAACAAAUUGCGACCGAAGUUGUCUUUCGCUCUAGGCUCAAAAUGAUUGAAUUGGAGAAGAAGUUGGUUUAAGUUUGUGUUUUUAAUUUGGGUUGUUGAUUUGUGAUUUUAAUUAGGGUGAUUAUGUUCAUCAAACCUUGGUAGCAGCAUUGUAUUUUGGUAGCAGCUCACUGCUUUCUUGGAUGAAUAGACAACAAAUGUGUAAAAGAAUUGUGUAAAAAAAGUAGAAUAGGACUGAAGAAGCAAUGGUAAGAAGAGAUGGAUAUA